CCGCUUCUUCUCUCGGGAGGGAUCAACAACCACCUGUGCGAGUUGGAAAGAACGGCGAUUGUUGAGUUCGGUCGCGGCGGAGGGACUGGCUCGUACUGCAGUGCGGGGUCUCGCAACGGCGUUCACUCGCUGCCCAUCCCACCACAGGGAGAGUUCGCGGCCCCACACCACCGCUCGCCGUGUUUCUUUGCUUUUUUUAUAUUUUUUUCUCGCAUUUCCCAAAGUGAGCGAAAACGUUGUUCUGCGCACGCAUUGUGUGUCGUUCGUCCGUCGGUGGCGUCGCCCCGCCGCUUAACAUCCGGCGUUUUGUUUUGCCAAGCGCCGCGUGCUGGGUUGCUUCUUCGUCCGUCGUUGUUGUCGUCGUCCGGAGGCCCAUGUUUGAAAUCUUGUGUCGUGCUCGCUCGCCGGCGGCCCAUGUGCGGAGGGGCCUUCUUCUUCUUCCUCCGAGGUUUGUGGUGAAGUAAGCGGUGGUUUUUCGCGGCGCGGAGUCAUGGAUCGCGACAAGUUCCACCGUGCCGCUCGCGACGGAUACCUGGAUCUUCUCCGGGAAGCCACUCGCAAGGACUGCAACACGCCCGACGAAGACGGCAUGACGCCCACCAUUUGGUCGGCGUACUACGGCCACCUCGACGCUCUUCGUCUGCUCGUAGGACGAGGUGGUGAUCCCGACCGUUGCGACCACUACGGCAGCACGGCUCUGCACUGCGCGGCGGCCAACGGCCACAUCAACUGCGUCUCCUUCCUGGUCUCCUUCGGUGUCAACCUGUGGGCGCUGGACAACGACUUCCACACGGCCACCGACGUCGCCUCCAUCAACCAGAGGGAAGAGGUGCUGCGGUUCCUGGACCAGGCGGUGUCCAAGCAGAGCGCUCUCAACAAGAAGUUGGUGCAGCGGCUCAAAGAGAAGGCGCUACGAGACGCCGACAAACGGCGCAAGGGCUACCAGAAGCUCACCCGAAAGGCGGCCAAGAAGGCCGAGCGGGACGACAAGAUGCUCGAGAAACAGCGCAAGCGCAUGGCGCAGGUGGAACUGUUAGUCGAGGCCAACAACGGCGUGCACAGCGCUCUCAUCCCACUGCACGUGGGCGACGGCCGGGGCACCCUGCAACCUACGCGGGCGCCGAAGUUCUCGGACAUGGUCAGCACAGGCACCUCGACCACGGUGUCGAGUCGCAAGGGUCUCGGCGCCGUCUCCAAGAAGGUGCACCUGCGCAAACAGAACACGGACCCCGGGGACUUCAACAAGGUGCGGACCCUCGACAACGAUGGCAAGAAGUCUGUCCGCUCACUGACGGGCCUGCAGCGCGACGCCGAGGUCGUCUUUGUGCCCAAGGGCUCCGCCGAGGAGCCCCUGCUCUCCCCUUCCUCGCGCCCCGGCCUGCCCGACUUCCUGGACUCCAGCUCGCCUCCGGGCGACCUCUCGCGGGCCAUCAGCGAGCCCGACCUUGGCACGCACCCGGACUCCGGCCUGGGUGAGGACGAGCCUACGACGGGUUCGAGCAUGUUCGAGCGCCCGGGCUUCGGCAGCGUCGCGUUCCGAAACUCCAUCUCGGGGACCCUCCUGUCCUUGCCGUCGUGUCGCAUGGACGACGAGGAAGCCGGCAGCAUCGCUUUGCCCUGCGGCAGCGUCGUCGACUCCAUCGGCUCGGCGGGCAGCCUGGCCCAGCGGCAGAGCGUCCUGCCCUGGGACGACGUCGAGGACGUCUACUACGAGGAAGACGAAGAAGACGAAGAGGAGGACGGCAGCGCGACCCCGGCGAUCGUAGUGUUCCUCGCCGCCCACGGACUGGCCGAGUACGUGGACCUGUUCUCGAGGGAGAAGGUGGACCUGGACGCGCUGACGCUGCUCGGUGAGGAAGACCUCACCAUGGGCGUGCCCCUGGGACCGCGGAAAAAGCUGCUCAGGGCGGUGGAACAGAGACGGGUGGCCUUUGAAGACCCCGGUGAAGUGGCCGAUUCCAGGCUGUAGUGCGGAGGACAGAUACACUGAGGGACGCGUCUUGGCAGACAAGUGUUUUCGUUUCUUGUGACGUGCUUGUGGGAGUGUGAUGCCAGUAGUGUGAAAGCGACCGAACCGUUCGAUGAUCUGUAGCAAACGAACAGACCGAAUCUCCCCUCUAUCUCUCUCUCGUGAUCGAGUGCACUGGAAAUGAACUUGUUCUCCACUUCUUGGCAACCUUCAAGGUUUGCCGAAGAUAUUUCCUUGGCAUGAACUGCUCCGUUUGUGGAAUCUAGUUGGGCAUCGCGGCGUCUCGGUGAUGUCAGACGUUUCUGGAAUCCACGUUGUAGAGAGUGCGAGAGAGACCUUAAUCAGCCCUGCUGUGCAUUCAAAUUGCAAGUUGGCAAGCUUUGCUAGCCUUUUUCGAAAGCGAAAUCUGAUUUCGCUCAAGGAUUAAGUGCGAUCACUGAAAACUCUUCGUUUCAGUCAAUUUUGCUGUGUUGUGUUAAUUAAGCCACGCGUUCUAACGAAAGGCGUGGGGCCAGUAUGGUUUCCUCUUGCACGGAUUCAGUAACACUUGUAAUUCCAGACAUGCAGUGUGUGCUCCUCAAAAGACGGUUAUUAAGUUCAGGGAACAUUUUUUUUCUUCCUAUUGAGGAAAGAUCUUAGUCAAGAUGAUUACGGAACCGCUGGAGCCACAAAGCAUGUGUGUGCACUUAAGUUUUGUAGAUUCUCGAAAAAAAAAGUAAAGGCAUAUAAGGCAUAUAAGGCAGUGCAUAAUUUACUGCAGCCAUGAUGUCUUUCCUGCAAACCUUAUACCUUACAGCGGCGCACGUAAUCGGGAGUAUUUGUUCCGAGCAGGUUGAACUUGCAGGCCUUUAAGUUUACGUAUUCUUCUGAAAAGCGCUGUUUUAGAAGUGGUCCGCGUAGCUUUCACCAUGCACAGACGUUGUUGCACUAUCUACGAAAAGAUUGCCCCCCCCCCCUUCCCAUUUUAGAAAAAUAACCUGUCCUUUACGCCACUCCAGUCAAUAAAUAAAAGCAUGCGUAAGAGUGUUGAUUUGGGCACUGACCUAUUGAUUCGACUUCUGGACCUACUACCUUGCAUUAUUGAAAGAUAUCGCGAGAGCGCGUCAACUGCUUGACGGGUCAGUGGCAGUAUGGGCAAGCGUAGAAGACGAUUUCCAGUUCGAAUGUUGCGCAGUUCGCUUCAGGAGUGCCCCUCGCCGCUACACAGUAGCUGACACGCCGAGCGGUCAGCACUCGCGUGAUAUCAUUUAAAAAGUUUUAACAUUAUUAAAUCACGUCGCAUAGCGGCUUGCUUAAAUACAAUCGAAGGGACACUACAGCAGAUUGUCGAACUGUUGCAGAUAGCUUGUCAUCCCGCUUAAGUUUUCCAUAGAUUUUGGCAGCUUCGGCCGAGGCUAUUCAAAAAACGUAACACAAAAUCUGUUACCUUAUAAAAUAAGGGGGGGGGGGGGGG